GGUCACUCUAUGGAUGCUCUUUGACAACAGCAGGAGAACAGGACAGUGGUCAGAUGCAGGAGAGUCACCUGAACACUACCAAACCCACCAUUGCACCCUAAAACGUUAGUGGUCACUCUAUGGAUGCUCUUUGACACAGCAGGAGAGAAGGACAUUGGUCAGAUGCAGGAGAGUCACCUGAACACUACCCAGACCCACCAUUGCACCCUAAAACGUUAGUGGUCACUCUAUGGAUGCUCUUUGACAACAGCAGGAGAACAGGACAGUGGUCAGAUGCAGGAGAGUCACCUAAACACUACCCAGACCCACCAUUGCACCCUAAAACGUUAGUGGUCACUCUAUGGAUGCUCAUUGACAACAGCAGGAGAACAGGACAGUGGUCAGAUGCAGGAGAGUCACCUGAACACUACCCAGACCCACCAUUGCACCCUAAAACGUUAGUGGUCACUCUAUGGAUGCUCUUUGACAACAGCAGGAGAACAGGACAGUGGUCAGAUGCAGGAGAGUCACCUGAACACUACCCAGACCCACCAUUGCACCCUAAAACGUUAGUGGUCACUCUAUGGAUGCUCAUUGACAACAGCAGGAGAACAGGACAGUGGUCAGAUGCAGGAGAGUCACCUGAACACUACCCAGACCCACCAUUGCACCCUAAAACGUUAGUGGUCACUCUAUGGAUGCUCUUUGACAACAGCAGGAGAACAGGACAGUGGUCAGAUGCAGGAGAGUCACCUGAACACUACCUAAACCCACCAUUGUACCCUAAAAGGUUAGUGGUCACUCUAUGGAUGCUCAUUGACAACAGCAGGAGAACAGGACAGUGGUCAGAUGCAGGAGAGUCACCUGAACACUACCAGACCCACCAUUGCACCCUAAAACGUUAGUGGUCACUCUAUGGAUGCUCUUUGACAACAGCAGGAGAACAGGACAGUGGUCAGAUGCAGGAGAGUCACCUGAACACUACCCAAACCCACCAUUGCACCCUAAAACGUUAGUGGUCACUCUAUGGAUGCUCUUUGACAACAGCAGGAGAACAAGACAGUGGUCAGAUGCAGGAGAGUCACCUGAACACUACCCA